GUGGAAGCUGUAUGCGAAUGUUUUGAGAUGUCAAAAGACACUGGCUAUAAGGUAGUGAUACACAUGAUGCCCAAUUUGCCCAAUGUUGGCAUUGAAAGAGAUUUGGAGCAAUUCAUUGAGCUCUUCGAGAAUCCAGCAUUUCGUCCAGAUGGCUUAAAACUGUAUCCAACUUUGGUUAUUCGUGGCACUGGCCUAUAUGAGCUAUGGAAAACAGGACGUUACAAAAGCUACCCGCCAGAGGUUUUGCAUUGA